UUGGAGGGUAUACUCUACAACCAUCAAAGGCUCUUCCUGAUUAUAUUACUAAGCUUCUUGAUGACUCACCAUUCAAUGAUUUCAUCAUUGUGAGCUUUGGAUCAUACGUUAAGGCCUUGAUGAAUCCCGAAAAAUAUGAAGUUCUUGCUGAAGCAUUCGCAAGACUCCCAUAUACAGUACUAUGGAAACACACUGAGAAGCCACCAGCUAACCUUGGAAAGAAUACCCAUUUAAUAAAAUGGCUUCCUCAAAAUGAUUUGCUGGGUGAUUCAAGAACACGCCUGUUUGUGACACAUUGUGGAGUUAGCUCUACAUUCGAGACAAUAUACCAUGGUGUACCUGUUGUAGCUAUUCCUCUUGGAUUAGAUCAAUAUAAACAUGCAACUGAACUAACUUGUCGUCAUAACAUGGGAGUAGUAAUUGAUAUACACACCCUACAGGCUAAUGCACUUGAGGAAGCUAUUCUAAGUGUUCUUUCUAAUACAGAGUAUGUUGAAAAUGCGAGGAAGGCAAGUCGUUUGAUCAGAGACAAUCCUGUGUCUCCAAAAGAAACAUUGCUGUACUGGGUCAAUUAUGUUAUUAAACAUGGUGGAGCUGACCAUUUUAAAUCCGAAGGAAUGGAAAAUCUCUCAUGGUAUCAGUACUUCUUGUUGGAUAUCAUUGGACUGGCACUUUUGAUUUUUGAUAUACUUGCAAUUGUAUGCUUCUUUUCAUGCCGAUUCAUGAUAAGAUGCUUCAAAAAUUACUCUAAAAGGAAACAAGAUUGAGCCGAGUUAAUGUACAUUUGUGUGUUUGAAGUGACUUCAAAAUGUGACUUCAAAAUAUCAGAUUUAUUAUCCUGUGAGUCUUAAGUUCACGUAGGGAUAUUUAUGAAAAUCACAUCUGUCAUCAAAUAAUUAACAUAUUUGCCAUAACUUGGAUACUAUUCAGACAUAUUUAUUUCAUAUUGCUUAUGCUCCAUUGGUUAGGAAGGAUGUCUUACAUUUCCUUUUCAAAUGCUACCCUUAAAUGAUCCAGAGACAUAUAAAAGUUUAUAUUUUUAUAUGAUUUUUAAAAUUGCUCAACGCGCAUGACGGAAUAAACUUCAAUUCAUUAAUAUAAAUAUACAUAAACCUUUACCUCAAAAGCUUAAACAUAAAAUAUUACUGUUAAAACUAACAAAACUGACCAAUUAAACAUUUUCUCAUGAAAUUGUGCAUCAGGAUUUUACCAAGGGGGUUCAUCUUCAUCCAAAACAAAAAAAAACAGUCUCCAUCAUAGCUUGCACUUAAAGCCUUAUUCUCCACUUUGUUUGCCAGAGCACAUUGUUUUCCUCAGCACCAUGAACAAAGUGGGGGGGGGGGGUGUACUGUAUUUGCUCCAAAUGCACCCCCCCCUGCAUAAGCCCAUAUGCACCAAGUGUUGUUGUUACAUUGCAAUGGAAACUGUAUUGUUAAACACAGUCUUGCUAGCUAUUGUAAUAUGAUGCCAUAAAUAUAAAAAACAUUUUCAGUUGCUUGAAAGAGAUUUUAAGAAUAAAUCGAAAUAUUACCAAACUAAAUCAUGUUUUAUUUGUUAAAUAAAUUGCCUUUUAGAUUUAUUCACUAUAACUAAAUUGUUUUCAAGAGACCAAUAAACUAUCAUAUCAUUUAUAUUCAUACAAGUAAUAUUACUCAGUCUCAAAUGAGGUGGGUUAGAAAAGAGUGUCACAGAGUCUAAAUAAAUGUCAAAAGAUCAUCAUAACUAGUAACUAUGAUGUUUAAUUUCAAC